AUGGGAAUCAUUGAAACAGCUGACGUACAAUACCGGAACACAGAGCGAUCUUUGGUUAUUCUAAACAGCUUGCCUUUCCCACCCCUGCGAGAGCGUACGAGUACUUCAUCUACAACCCCCGCACACAUUGAUUCUCCAUUACCAAACCAACUAAGGAACUCCACGCGAGAAGCUAACGAGAGCUUGGCCUCUUUUGCCCCUCCAAGCUCGGAAAAGCGCUGGACGAUGAAGGCGCUUAGUCACCAUGGCUGCCUUCCUGACAAGCUUCCCGGCGGCGCAGGAACUCGUGCCUCUCGUCCCUUCACACCGCAGAGCUACUGCGUACCAAAAGCACACUUUUAUCUCGUAAAGGAGGAUCAUGACCCCAGUAAAUUACGGGAUUUUUCGAGGUCGGUCCGACUGAGGAGCUUUUUCGCACUAGUGCCUACCCGCCUUGGUGCCCAAACAAACUCGUGGUACCAGCCGUAG